AUGGGAAAGAGUCUUGCCAGUCAAAAAACUUGUGUUGGUGUUGCUACAGCACUUACAGUACUUUCAAUUGUCGUCGUCGCUCUUCGUGUAUAUACACGCGCCUUCAUAGUGCGAAAUCUGGGCAAAGAUGAUGGGGCAAUGCUGGCUGCCUUAUUGCUCACUGUCGCAUAUCUCAUCACCAUUUUUGUGCUGCGAGACAAUGGAAUGGGCUUCAGCGGCCGAGUCCUAAAGCCUGAGCAGAUGGUAAACCAAAUUCGAACGACCUUGGCGAUUGAGAUCAUAUACUACUUUACUAUCAACGCCAUCAAGGUGUCUAUCCUCUUCUUCUACUUGCGCAUCGCUGCAGAAAAGCGUUUCGGGCACUUGUGCAAAGGAACUGUGUACUUCCUGGGCCUUUUCUGCAUCGUGUGUGUAAUAUGUUGCUUGACGCAAUGUAUACCACUAUACAAGAUGUGGGAUCUCACAGGUAUGGUACAAGGGAAAUGCAUCAAUACUACAGCAUUGUUUUACACCACCAGCUCUGUCAACAUCGCAAUAGAUAUCUGGAUCCUCGUGCUUCCCAUCACGACCCUCCUCAAAGUGCGCCGACCAGGCCGCGAAAAGCUCGCUCUGAUUGUGAUCUUCAGUCUCGGAAUCUUCUCCUGCAUCGCCUCAAUCGUGCGUCUCCAUUCCAUCCGAAUCUACACCGAAUCCAAGGACCCCUUCUACGACAGCGUACCCAUCAACCUCUGGUCCAUGGUCGAAGUCAAUAUGGGAAUACUUUGUGCAUCUAUCCCCGCGCUCAAGGCCUUGUUCUCCAAAGCCCAACGAGAACGGAGUCAAAACAACAGCGCAUACCAAUAUCAUGGCCGCGAACGAACCGGUGGCAUUGGCUCUGGGAAAGGCAGUUCAGGGGCUGGAUCAGAGGGAACCAUUAUCCAGAAAGAAUCCUAUGACCUCAGAGUAGUGGAGAGUGGCGGCCAGCUUGACACGCGCAAAGGAGCGUAUGGAGGCGGGGCGUGGCUGGCUUCUGACUCGGAGAGAGAAGAGCAGCGCACUAUUUUUCCUGAAAGCAGAAUCUAAGUCGAGUCAUCUUCCCUUUUCAACGUCUGCAUUACUCAUAGCAGUACUGCCUGCACUCGCUUGGAGACUCUCACUGUCCAUGGCUUACGGAACUUACCCCCUGAGGGCUGAGGUUUCGGUUCGGAGGCGUUCAAGGCUUUCACCCUAGUAGCACAAAUCGAAUGAUCAGCAAGCGGCGUACCAAAGUCUGGG